CCUCUUACUCAUUUUCGGAUUAGCUUGAAGCCUAUAGCCUAUUGCAGCUGAGAACUGAGUUUGGCAUGCUCUGCUUUUUGUUUGCUGGGGCAAUCUCUCUUGGUCUAUACAGUGGUAGCUUUCAGUUAUAGGAACCCUUUUUAAAAGGAAACAAAGUAGCCAUGUCGGAGAAUCAAGUUGUAUUGGAAGUUAGCAAGGAGGAGAUCCAUGAAGCAAACAGCUCUGCUUCUCCUGAAAACCCAACUGCCGCUCCUGAAAGGAAGGAGACACUCAAUAGGUCAGUUUUCUCCAAACCCAAGUCUAGAUUUGGCUCUGUAUCCCCCACCAGUUUUUCCAGGACUCCAGUGCUCCGGUCUCCGGGCAGGGCUAAAGAGGCCAAUGAAGAGAGCUACAUUGGGCGGAUUAUAAUGUGGGUUGUUAACAAAAGGGUGUUCAUUGAGUGGAUUGUUUUCCUAUGCAUUCUAGGUGUUUUAGUGGCUUGUUUUACUGUAGAUAAACUAGAUCACCUUACAGUCUGGAGCGUCGAGUUUUGGAAAUGGUGUGUGCUGGUUAUGGUGAUAUUCCGUGGUAUGUUGCUAGCAAAAUGGUUUAUGCGGUUCACAGUUUAUGUAAGUAAGAGCAACUUUUGGCUUAGGAAGAAGAUGUUGUAUUUUGUUCAUGGGAUGAAGCAGUGUGUUCAGGUUUUCAUGUGGUUGGGUAUGCUUCUUCUCACAUGGCUAUUGUUGUUUGAUCAUGGAUCAGAGAAUUCCCACAAGAAGAUUUUGCACUAUGUUACGCGAAGUCUUGUUUCGAUUUUGAUUGCGGCAUUCUUGUGGUCACUUAAAACUCUGUCACUUAAGAUCUUAGCACUUAGGUUUUAUCUGCACACCUUCUUUGAUAGAACUCGAGAAUCCAUGUUCCAUCAGUAUGUUAUUCAGACACUCUCAGGGCCUCCGAUUAUGGAGAUUGCUGGAGUAGUUGAACUAUCUCCUUUCCGAUCGCCAAAGUCAGGACAAGAGGACAAUGUCAUUGAUAUAGGAAAGCUUCUGAAUAUGAAGCUAGAAGAGGUUUCUGCUAGGACUAUGGAGGUACUGGUGGAGGCGGUUUCUAGUUCUUCAGGGCUGUCCACCUUCUUGUAUUGGUUAGAUGAUGAAGAGGUUGAACAGAAGGAGAUCGCAAGUGAGAUGGAAGCAACUGCUGCUGCUUACCGCCUUUUCCAUAAUGUUGCUAAGCCUGGUUGCAGGUACAUUGAGGAUGAGGACCUCAUGAGGUUCAUGAUUCAGGAAGAGGUGGAAGUUGUGCUUAUGCUGAUUGAUGUAGCAGGAACUGGACGAAUUGACAGAAGAUCUCUAACAGAUUGGGUGGUGAAGGUCUACAAUGCUCGCAAAGGAUUAAUCCACAGUUUAACAGACACCAAAAAAGCUGUAAAGCAAUUGGAUAAACUUGUUACUAGCAUCUUGAUUGUCAUUAGCAUUUUAGUGUGGCUUCUUUUGGUGGAAAUAGCAACAACAAAAGUACUAGUCUUCCUCUCUUCGCAGCUCGUGUUGGCAGCUUUUAUCUUUGGAAAUACUUGCAAGAAUAUAUUUGAAGCUGUCGUGUUUGUUUUUGUGAUCCAUCCAUUUCAUGUUGGUGACCGCUGUCUUGUUGAUGGCGUUCUGUUAACUGUUGAGGAGAUGAAUAUCUUAACGACAGUCUUCUCAAAACAAAAUAAUGACAAGGUAUACUAUCCAAAUUCAGUUUUAUCCGCAUUACCAAUAAGCAAUUGUAAGGAUAAUUCAGAUACAGGAGAUGUUGUGGAGUUCUCCAUCACUUUCACAUCGGUGGAGAAGAUUGACAUCCUGAAAGAGAGAAUUAAAGGGUAUAUUGAGUUGAGACCACAAGAUUUGCAUCCAAAGCAUAACAUUGCGGUGAAUGAUAUCGAAAACGGGAACAUGUUAAAGAUGGCACUUUAUUUUAACUACAUUUUGAAAUCCCAAGAGUUUGGUGAAAAACAAUUUGAGGAAAAAACUAAGCGGAGGAGCCAGCUUGUCAUCCAACUGAUGACAAUUUUGGAGGAGCUAAACAUCACAUGCUCUUUGCAGCCGCCGCAUAAUUAAUGUCAGUGGAACUAAAUCUGAUGCUGGAUGGAGUCCAGCAUAAGUAUGCUUUGAGCCUAGGAUGUAUGUUGUUA